UCCGAUAUCCGAUGCAUGUGUCAGUGUGUUGAGGAUUGUGACAGCCACAGCGCAAACCACUUUGGUUACAAUUUCAAAUAAAAUGUCCUAUCAUAUCGAGAGAUUACCUACCACUCCUUAUUUUGACCAAAAACCGGGUACGAGUGGUUUGAGAAAAAAGGUGAAAGUGUUUCUGCAACAAAAUUACACCAUUAAUUUUGUUCAAAGCAUUUUAAAUGCUCUUGGGAAUCGCGUUGAUGGCUGCACGUUAAUUAUUGGUGGAGAUGGCAGGUACUAUAUGAAAGAAGCCAUUCAAAUUAUUAUUCAAAUUUGCGCUGCAAAUAAAGUUUCCAAAUUAAUUGUGGGUCAGAAUGGCAUUUUAUCUACACCUGCUGCUUCAAAUCUCAUACGACUACAUAAAACACUCGGAGGAAUCAUUUUAACUGCUUCUCACAAUCCAGGUGGUGUAGAAAAUGACUUUGGAAUAAAAUUCAAUUGUGAAAAUGGUGGCCCCGCACCAGAUAAUUUAACUGCAGAUAUUUUUGAGUUGUCAAAAAUUCUAUCUGAUUACAAAAUUUGUAAUAAUUUGCAAUGUAAUAUUGACAUUAUUGGAAAUUAUUCUUACAAUAUUGAAGGUCAAGAGUUUUCUAUUUCAGUAAUCGACCCGUUGGAAGACUAUAUAAAUUUAAUGAAAACUAUAUUUGAUUUCCAUGGCAUUCAAAGUUUCAUUGCCAAUGGUUUUGAUGGAAGUCCUUUGAAAUUGUUGAUUGAUUCCAUGAACGGUGUUACUGGCCCUUACGUAGAAAGAAUAUUUGUUCAAGAAUUAAAAUGUGAUAAAAGCAGUAUCACAAGAAUGAAACCUCUUCCAGAUUUUGGUAACAUUCACCCAGAUCCCAAUUUAACUUAUGCAAAGACUCUUGUGGAUAGAGUAGGCAAUGAAAAUUGCCAUAUCGGGGCAGCAUUUGAUGGGGAUGGAGAUCGUAAUAUGAUUAUUGGUCGUGGACCUGUAUUUGUAACACCUAGUGAUUCUUUAGCAGUUUUGGCCCACCAUUUGAAAUGCAUACCAUAUUUCUCUCAAAAUGGUGUCAAAGGUUUUGCUCGAAGUAUGCCCACGUCUACAGCUAUUGAUAAUGUUGCCUCUCAAUUGGGAAUUGAUAUAUAUGAAGUUCCUACAGGUUGGAAAUAUUUUGGAAAUUUAAUGGAUGCUGGAAAAUUGUCUCUUUGUGGAGAGGAAAGUUUUGGUACUGGUUCUGAUCAUAUAAGAGAAAAAGAUGGUGUUUGGGCCUUAUUAGCUUGGUUAUCAAUCAUGAAACACACAAAUAAAGAAAUUAAAGAUAUUUUAUCAGACCACUGGAAGUUAUAUGGCAGGAAUUAUUUUUUGCGAUAUGACUAUGAAGAAUGUUCAACUGAGAGCUGUGAUGAAAUGAUGAAAUACUUGUUUGAUGUAAUUUCUGAUCCUAGUAUAAUAGGAAAAAAAUUUGAUAGUUUACAGAAACAAUAUCAAGUUAAAACUGCUGAUGAAUAUUCUUAUAGAGAUCCGAUUGAUGAUAGUUUUGUUUCUAAACAAGGUCUAAGAUUUAUAUUUGAUGAUGGUUCAAGAUUUAUAAUUAGAUUAAGUGGAACUGGAAGUUCUGGCACUACCGUCAGGUUAUAUUUAGAUUCUUAUGAGAAAACUGAUAUUGAUAAAGAUGUUCAGUCCACGCUGCAGCCUCUCCUUGAAUUAGCUUUAAACAUAUCUCGAUUACGAGAAUAUACUGGUCGUUGUUCUCCAACUGUUAUUACAUAG